GAUAAGAGAGGAGGAUAAAGAGGAAGGGCUGUAAAAUGUGUGCAAGCAUUUGACUUCCAUUAUCUCCUCCUAUUUUCUUACUUCUCUCUUUACCCUCUUUCUUUAUCAAGUGCAGUGGUGGCUGCUACCGUUCGCCAAGCGUGCCUGUCUUCUCUCUCGGAUUGGCUAAAGCACUGACAGCUCGGAUAGCGAUUGUAGGAACUGAAGCUCCACCCCUUCAUGAUGGCCCUGGGACCAUUCAUAAACUAAAUAACUCCAGGAAACAGCGAGGGAGAGAGAAAGAAAGAGAGAGGGAGAGAGAGAGACAGAGAGAGAGAGAGGAAAGAAGAGAGAGGGAGCACGAGGAAGGGGGGCAGGGAGAGAGAAGCAGGGGGAGAGCGGGGCGAGAAAGAGGUCGGAGGGGAGAGGAGGGGGAGAGACGACUCAGAAAGUGGAAUCUGUAAAAGCAACCUAGAGGAGGAGAAGGAAAACCCUGAAUCGUUAUAACUACACCCCAGAUGCAACGCAAGCAACGACUUCGUCACACUAAAACGGAUUUUGUGAGGGCCAAAAGUAUAAAUUACGAAGCAGAAAUGAUUAUCAAACAACUUCCAGCGGUUUGCACCUAAAGAAAUACAAGAAGAACCCACUACAAACAAACAAACCCAGUCCAAACAACGCCUCCAGUAGGAAAAGAGGAAAACUGCGACAACACGACCCCCGAGAAGAGACGAGACCAACACGCUGAGGCUGCGGGGCGUCAGCAAACCUCCAAGUGCACGGCGGACUGAGUUGUACUUCGCAGCUCUCUGGACAUUAAUUACCUCCUGCACCUUCCAUUUGGGGGAGGGUGAGGAAGAAGGCACUCACCUACACUGAGCGAAGAAGUCCUAUCAGCGUGGAAGAGAAGUUUAAGAAUGAACCACUGAAUGUUUCGCUUUUAUUUUUAAAUUUACUUUGGCACUUAAAAAACCUCAUUUCCAGAUUUCUGGGCAAUCUCGGCUGCAGACAUCUAAGCCUAACCUUUUGGUAUCCUGAGUUUUUUCUCUCUCCUUCUCCUUCCUCACCCCCACCCCGCUUCUCUCGCACACGGUCAUCUUUACAUAUCAAGAGAAAGCAAAAAGGUUCCAAGAGGUACUUUUCUUUUUAGAAAAUCACCUUUUCUCCCCUAAUUCUUCUGCAGAAGAAAAGAGGUUUCGAAAGAGGGAAAAGGAAAAAAGAAGCCGGCUACGGUAUCAGCCGGUCAGCCCAGGUGGAAAACGAGAGUGAAAGUAGGGCUUAACGGAGAGCGCACCGCCUCUUUCGAAAGCCGCUGGGCCACCACCAGUGCGUGAGCCUUGGAUCCCUCAACGUAUUGCGAGACGCCGGUGUAUAGCCCGGACCUGUGCCCCAACAUGAUCGCCGCUCAGGCCAAGCUGGUUUACCAGCUCAAUAAAUACUACACUGAGCGCUGUCAGGCGCGCAAGGCGGCCAUCGCCAAAACCAUCCGAGAGGUCUGUAAGGUGGUCUCGGACGUGCUCAAGGAAGUGGAGGUGCAGGAGCCUCGCUUCAUCAGCUCCUUGAGCGAGAUCGAUGCCCGCUACGAGGGGCUUGAGGUCAUUUCGCCCACCGAAUUUGAGGUGGUGCUCUACCUAAACCAGAUGGGCGUCUUCAACUUCGUGGAUGACGGCUCGCUGCCCGGCUGCGCGGUGCUCAAACUGAGCGAUGGGCGGAAGCGGAGCAUGUCUCUCUGGGUCGAGUUCAUCACUGCGUCGGGCUAUCUCUCAGCGCGUAAGAUCCGCUCGCGUUUCCAGACGCUGGUGGCCCAGGCGGUGGACAAGUGCAGCUAUCGGGAUGUGGUCAAGAUGAUCGCGGACACCAGCGAGGUCAAGUUGCGCAUCAGGGAACGCUAUGUGGUGCAAAUCACUCCGGCGUUCAAGUGCACCGGGAUCUGGCCUCGAAGCGCGGCACAGUGGCCUAUGCCCCACAUCCCCUGGCCCGGCCCCAAUCGGGUGGCCGAGGUCAAGGCCGAAGGGUUCAACUUGCUCUCGAAGGAGUGCUACUCGCUGACCGGCAAGCAGAGCUCGGCAGAGAGCGACGCCUGGGUGCUACAGUUCGGGGAGGCGGAGAACCGCUUGCUGAUGGGCGGCUGCCGAAACAAGUGCCUCUCAGUGCUGAAGACUCUGCGGGACCGCCACCUGGAGCUACCCGGCCAGCCGCUCAACAACUACCACAUGAAGACGCUGCUGCUGUACGAGUGCGAGAAACACCCACGAGAAACGGACUGGGACGAGUCGUGCCUAGGCGACCGGCUCAACGGCAUCCUGCUGCAGCUCAUCUCCUGCCUGCAGUGCCGCCGCUGCCCUCACUACUUUCUGCCCAACCUCGACCUCUUUCAGGGCAAGCCCCAUUCGGCCCUGGAGAGCGCUGCCAAGCAGACCUGGAGGUUGGCCAGGGAAAUUCUCACCAAUCCCAAAAGCCUGGACAAACUAUAGGGUGCUGGGGACUGCUUGAAAAGCGACACAAACGGGCGUGCUCUCUCAGACACACAACACACAACUCAGCGAUUAACAGCAGAAACUCUGGACACAAACUUUUAUGUAAGUCACCUGAAAUAAGAAUCCGGCAGAAGACCUUCGUUAAUUAAGAAGCAAACAAAAAGAGAGCAACCCAACCAAAACAAAUCACAUUCUUGCACAAAAGUGAUCGUUUUCUUCCAAACAAUGUGAAUUUAAAAGGUCACACAAAAGAAGCAAUCGGGCUCUGCCACCACAAAAUGAAACCCAAGGUACAUUUUCAAAUCAAUGUAUAGUAGUUUCCCCCUUUUCCUUCUUUCCCCCUAUCCUUUUUCUCUCCACCCCAUCCCCCCCCCCCAUUUCGUUUUGCUUUUGGUUGCCUGAAUGUUGUCACCAAGUGAAAAAAUUAUUUAACUAUAUGUAAAAUUUCUCUUUUAAAAAAAGUUUUACUGAUGUUAAACGUUCUCAGUGCCAAUGUCAGACUGUGCCCCUCCCUCUCCUGAACCUCUACCCUCACCCUGAGCUGUCUUGUUGAAAACAGUAAUAAAAACAUUACUUUACAUUGUAAAUGACUGUUUGUGGAUUGUUCUUAAGUGAAGGCAGGGGAGAUCACAGUUUAUAAUUUCCAAUGUAAAGAUGUGACGAGGAAUCAAAUGCAAGAAGCUUCCACUUGAACUGAUUCGCAAAAUUUAAAAUACAGUACAUUUUGUAGAAUUGACUGUAUAAGUUCCCACCCAAAUCCUUAGAAAAUAGAAAACACUAAUUUUACUCAACUAUAAUAUAUAUUUGUUCUGUAGAUGUUAAGAUUAAAGGUAACAUCUACUUCACGCUUAGGAAAAAAGUAUGAAAGAAAAUAUUUUGAUCCUAAUGUUUAAAGUAGAAAAACCUUUUUCACAUUAAAAAUUAAGAGAUGUGCUUUCUUAUGCCAUAAUUUCAAAAAAUCCAAUCUGAAUCCGAUAUACAAAGGAAAUAUUUAUGGAUUUUUCUGAAUAGUUAACAAAGUCAGUUGAUACUUUCCUUCAACCGUUUGUCCUCUUCAAGCUUUGAGUAAUAAAAAUUUAACAAUUAAAUAAACCACAACAAAAAAUACAAUGGGUAUAGCAAUAAUCCUCUCCCCGAGCAUAUGGUGAUAUGAGCCAUUCAGAUUUAUAAAUUACUUCCAUUUUAAAAUGGCUUAGUUGUAAAUUCCAUAAUUAUGAUUAUUUUAGUCAAAUUUCAAGAAUUAUCUGAAACUGCUUAUAUGCAAUUCAAACAAAAAAGGUUUUCAUACCAUUUUUAUAACCAAAGAAAAAUUAUUAUUCCAGGAUUUAGAAACAGGAAAAGUACCUUCCUCCUCUUUCUGUUUUUCUAAGGUAACAAACCAAUAUACUCAUUUCAAUGUCUCAGCUUUAACAAAGGUUUCUUUUUAAUGCAAGGGAAUAACUGAUUAGAAAAUAAAAUAAUUAGUCAAACAGAAAGUAUCCCAAAGGAAUUGGUUUGUCUUGUUUAUGUUGAAGGUAACUAUAUACUCCAUUCGCUACGCUAAUGAUGAGACACAGGUACAGAAUAUAUGUCAGAUGUUACCCUUUAAUAUCUAACAUUUAUUCUUUGUAUUAGCCCAGGUUUU